GAAGUAGAGAAAAAGUUGAGUCUUCUUUCGGCUGCAGUGAAACCGUAUUAACCUUUAAUUAUGGCUUUGAACAGACGUCACUCUUACACUCCCAGGCUGACCAGCCCACUGAUCAGCAGAAUGAGCUGCACAGGAACAGUGGAGAGUAGUAAACCUCCAAAGAUUGGCUCUAUAGUCGAGGUGACAGGAAAGGGUCAGCGCGGCACUGUUGCCUACAUUGGCGCUACCCUCUUUGCUUCUGGGAAAUGGGUGGGUGUCAUACUGGAUGAGCCGAAAGGCAAGAACGAUGGCACCGUGCAGGGCAAACGCUACUUCACCUGUGAGGAAAAUCACGGCAUAUUCGUCAGGCAGUCCCAGAUCCAGGUGGUAGAAGAUGCCACCUCACCAGAUACCCCUGAGUCUGGAACAGCAAAGACACUUAGGCAAAAAGACAUUCCUGAAACUCCCAAAACAAGCAAACAGGCGUCUCGUGAGAGUCUCGCAUCCUCUCUGUCUGGUGAUGUCAGUGAGGCGGGCCUGUCCUCCCAGCAGGGUGCUCUGGGCGCCCCUGUCAUACCUCAGCCCAGCGGGUCACCUGCAGCAGCAGCUGCUUCUGUUCCAGCUACUCCGAGCAAGGUGGAACCUGCCAUAUCCAAGCAGGAGGAGGAAUCACUACGAGCUCAAGUCAAGGACCUGGAGGAGAAACUGGAGACUUUGAAGAUGAAGCGAACAGAAGACAAAGCCAAGCUUAAGGAACUGGAGAAACACAAGAUCCAGUUGGAGCAGCUUCAGGAGUGGAAGACCAAAAUGCAGGAGCAGCAGGCCGAGCUGCAGAAACAACUCAAAGAGGCCAAGAAGGAAGCCAGGGAGGCACAGGAGGCCAAGGAGCGCUACAUGGAGGAGAUGUCUGACACGGCAGAUGCCAUAGAGAUGGCCACGCUGGACAAAGAGAUGGCAGAAGAGAGAGCAGAAUCGCUCCAGGUUGAGGUGGAUAGCCUGAAAGAGAAAGUGGAGGAGCUGUCAAUGGACCUGGAGAUCCUUAGGCAUGAGAUUUCAGAGAAAGGCUCAGAUGGAGCUGCCUCCAGUUACCAGGUCAAGCAGCUGGAGGAGCAGAACAGCAGACUCAAGGAGGCGCUGGUCAGGAUGAGAGAUCUGUCUGCUUCGGAGAAACAGGAACAUGUGAAGCUUCAGAAGCAGACGGAGAAGAAGAACGUGGAGCUGGAGACUCUGAGGACUCAGAAAGAAAAACUGCAGGAAGAAGUCAAGCAGGCAGAGGCCACAAUCGAUGAACUGAAGGAACAGGUGGAUGCUGCUCUGGGCUCAGAGGAGAUGGUGGAGACCCUAACGGAGAGGAACCUCGACCUUGAGGAGAAAGUCAGAGGGCUGAGAGAAACCGUGACUGAUCUGGAAGCCAUCAAUGAGAUGAAUGAUGAGCUCCAAGAGAAUGCCAGAGAAACAGAGAUGGAGCUGAGGGAACAGCUGGAUCUGAGUGGAGCAAAGGUCAGAGAGGCAGACAAAAGGGUGGAAGCUGCCCAGGAGACUGUAGCUGAUUACCAGCAGACCAUCAACAAAUACAGAGAACUCACUGGCUCACUUCAGGAGGCCAACAGGGAGCUGAUCAGUCAGCAGAAUGCAAAUGCAGAACAAGUUCAGCAACCACCUGCAGAGCUGUUUGACUUUAAGAUCAAGUUUGCAGAGACCAAGGCUUACGCCAAGGCCAUUGAGAUGGAGCUGAGGAAAAUGGAAGUAGCUCAGUCGAACAGACAGGUGUCCCUCCUCACCUCCUUCAUGCCAGACUCCUUCCUUCGCCAUGGUGGGGACCAUGACUGUAUUCUGGUACUCCUGCUUAUUCCCAGGCUCAUCUGCAAGGCUGAACUCAUCAGUAAACAGGCACAGGAGAAGUUUGACUUGAACGGGAACCCGGUGCAGGGAACAGGGCUCAGAGGGCCUCCGGGAGAACAGCGCAGUUUUGCUUCAGGACUGGUCUACUCCCUCAGCCUGCUGCAGGCCACCCUGCAUAAAUAUGAACAGGCUCUGAACACCUGCAGCGUGGACGUUUUUAAGCGCAUGGGAACCCUUUACUCUGAAAUGAGUUUCCAUGAACGCUCUCUGGAUUAUUUCAUAGAUCUGCUUCAUAAAGAUCAGCUGGAUGAGACCGUUCAGGUGGAACCUCUCACUAAGGCCAUCAAGUACUAUCAGCAACUGUAUAGUGUCCAUCUGGCAGAUCACACUGAAGACUGCACAGUGCAGCUGGCUGAUCACAUUAAGUUUACUCAGAGUGCCCUGGACUGUAUGGUAGUGGAGGUAGCUCGUCUGCGCGCCUUCCUGUCAUCAGGACAGGAGAGCUCUGGUUUAGCAGUUCUUCUGAAGGACCUGGACACCUCCUGUUCUGAUAUCAGACAGUUUUGUAAGAAGAUCCGCCGUCGCAUGCCUGGAACAGAUGUAGCUGGAGUCCCCGCUGCUCUCAGUUUUGGACCAGAGGUUUCAGAGACGCUGACCGAGUGCAGGCGUCAGUUGACCCGUGUGGUUGCGGUACUUCAAGAGGUAGCUGCAGCUGGAGCUCAGAUGGUUCCUUCGCUGGGAGAACAGGAAGGUCUCAAUGCUCUUAAACUGGAGGAUAUUGCCUGCAAGGUUGUGGAGCAGGUAUAUGGCUCCCAUGGUGUAAAUGGCCCAGAGUUACUGCGGCAGUCUUGCAGCUCUGUCAUCACCACCAUGAACAAGAUGGCUACAGCCAUGCAGGAAGGAGAGUAUGAUGCUGAAAAACCACAGGGAAAGACUCUUCCAGUGGAAAUGAGAGCAGCCACAGUCAGGGCAGAAAUGACUGACGCCGAAGGUCUGGGAGUCAAACUAGAAGACAGAGAAACCGUCAUCAAGGAGCUCAAGAAGUCUCUCAAGAUUAAGGGUGAGGAGCUGAGUGAGGCCCAUGUUCGCCUCAGCCUCUUGGAGAAGAAGCUGGACACCUCCACCAAAGAUGCUGAUGAACGUGUGGAGAAGAUUCAGACCAAAUUGGAUGAGAACCUUGCCCUGCUGAAGAAGAAAGAAAAGGAGUUUGAGGAGACGAUGGAUGCUCUGCAGGCUGAUAUUGACCAGCUGGAGGCUGAGAAGGCAGAGCUGAAACAACGACUCAGUAACCAGUCAAAGAUGACCAUUGAAGGCCUGAGAGGUCCACCUGCCUCAGGAAUUGCCUCCAUCGUUCAGGGAUCAGCAGGAGGUCUGCCUCCCUCUAUGGGAGGGCCAAUGCAGGUGGUGGACUCUCCUCUCCUCAGGCAGCAGAUUGAGGCCCAGAGGCUGGGUAUUAAACACCUUAAGAAUGAAAACAACAGACUCAAGGCAGAGAAAAUGAGAGCCCAGCUAGCCUCCCUGCCGCCUCUCCGCCCUCCUAAACUCCCACAAGUGUCUAAAGAAAGCUCCAUGCCUCCAGAGGGACUAAACACAGGCAUAUACCGAAGGACUGACCAGCUGCUGGCAACCCUGCUCAAGCUGAGUGCCGAGGUUAAAGUGGUGGACAUCACUGGAAAGACGGCAGUUAGUGCAAGCGCUCAGCUCCUGGAGCAGACAGCUCGUCUGCAGAAUCUCAGUGAUGCUCUGGAUAAACUCAAGGGUGAGGUAGCCGAACAUGUGGUCUCAUAUCAGCCUGGAGCAAAGGCUUCUUCUAACUUUGCUACAUUCCCAGUCCCCUCUUUUACUAAGGCCAAGGAAGAGAAGCAGGGAGACACUGUAUUCAUUGGCCGUGUUGCGAUUCCAUGCACCCGUGGACAGGAACAAGUCCACCGUCUCGUCCUAUCAAAGCCGCAGUUGCAGCAUGUGCACAGUCUCCUCUUGGUUUAGAGCAGUAGGAUCACACAGCAGAGUACCUUCUUAUUCCAGCUAACACUUCAGCAUUCCUAUUUGUCUUUUUUGCUUUUCACUUUUCUCAGGAAACUGUUUCCACUUAUAGCACUAAUAUUAUCGACCCAGAGAAGUGUCUUUAUAAAAGUGAUUGUUUUUCUGAAUUUCAAGACUCCCGAAUGUCAUUAAGGUGUCAUGAUUUCAUUAUUGAAGAAGUUUCUGUACCAAUGUUCACUUUGUGCAAAUGGCAAGGACUACAAAGCAAUUUUUACUGCAUUUGCAAUGACUGAUGUUUCUUCCUUUGUAUCUUUUGUAUUUGUGCAAGUCAGACAAUAAAAGAUAGCAGCCCAAUUCUGAGCAAGAAAUACUCAAAUGUAUGUUUACGUUUAUACUUGUAAGCUGAUAUUACAGUGUAAACUUUCACUAAUAUGAUAAAGUGCCAGCUCACA